GCAGAGCGCACUUUACGCAACACUGUUCAUCCUCCCGGAGUCUUUACUGUGAUUACAAUUCAUCUAAAAGUGUUGACUUGGAGAUGACAGACUUCCAUAAACAUAACGAAAGAGUUAGGAAAAUAUUCAGUCUCGUCAUAAGCCGUCUGAUAUAGUGAUAUAGUGAGAGAGAAAAAAGCUAGACUCCGACUAAAAUGUGCUGAACACGGAGAAAGGACACGCGAUGCGUUAAGGUAACAGGUGGACCUUUAAGUUUACAUUGGGGUUUUUUUUUUGCCUUUGUGUCAGUGUCAGUUUUCCAGGAACGCGUUAGCAGCUACAUGCUCACCAGCUGUGGAGGAAUGCGCGUUUUGAAAACAUGAAGCGCUCAGGUCUUAAUGUCCCAAAGGAAAAACAGCGAAGAGAAAGACUUAAGAAGAACCUGCUAUUCAUAAACUUUCCACGUGAGCAAAGUGACAAACCCCAACUACCAAAACGCCUCCAGAGUGAAGACAAGCUCCGAUAAAUGGACAGCAGGAUGUUUUCUGGUCAGGAUGGUCUGAAUUACAGCUUUAACCUGAGCGAUGACCGGGAGCUGGUGGACUCGUCGGAGGGCCGGGGGAAGCUCUCUCAGACGGGCUUCGUGGUGCUGUCCGUGGUGCUGGGCUUCAUCAUGAUUUUCGGCUUCCUAAACAACUUCAUUGUGCUGCUUUUGUUUUGCAAAUUCAAGAAGCUGCGAACACCGGUGAACAUGCUGUUGCUGAACAUCAGCAUCAGUGACAUGCUGGUGUGUUUGUUUGGCACCACUCUCAGCUUCGCCUCCAGUAUUCGGGGGAGGUGGCUGCUGGGGCGCAGCGGCUGCAGCUGGUACGGCUUCAUCAACUCCUGCUUCGGUAUUGUGUCGCUGAUCUCUCUGGUGAUCCUCUCCUACGACCGCUACAGCACUCUGACUGUAUACAACAAGGGUGGGCCAGACUAUCGCAAGCCCCUUCUGGCUGUUGGCGGCUCUUGGCUGUACUCCUUGUUCUGGACAGUGCCCCCUCUGCUGGGCUGGAGCAGCUAUGGCAUAGAGGGGGCAGGAACCAGCUGCUCUGUGUCAUGGACGGUUCAGACACCCCAGUCGCACGCUUACAUCAUCUGCCUCUUUAUUUUCUGCCUGGGUCUACCCGUCCUGGUGAUGAUCUACUGCUACAGCAGGCUGUUAUGGGCAGUCAAACAGGUGGGUAAGAUCCGAAAAACGUCAGCCCGGAGGAGAGAGUACCACAUUCUGUUUAUGGUUCUGACCACAGCGGUCUGCUACAUGUUGUGCUGGAUGCCUUAUGGUGUCGUGGCCAUGAUGGCGACAUUCGGCCCGCCCAACAUCAUUAGUCCCGUGGCCAGCGUGGUGCCGUCACUACUGGCCAAGAGCAGCACCGUCAUCAACCCGCUCAUCUACAUACUCAUGAACAAACAGUUCUACAAGUGUUUCCUGAUUCUGUUCCACUGCGAUCACUGGCCGGCGGAGCCCGGCAACACCUCGAUGACCACGGUGAUGCAGCUGAACCGCAGAGGAUACAGCAACACGGUGGCCUGCACCCCCAAUGUCACGACCGGACAGGACACACGGUCGUGAUGAAACAGCAAUGACACUUGAGACUGUCUGAUGUGAACUAAGGCAUGAUGCAUUAAGGAACCGUUAUGUGCGUUUGUCCUUGAGUUUUUUUAGAAAUGUCUGGAGACGUUUUACAAACAUUAAAUGUCCACAUGUAUGCGACCACCUGAACAUUACAAAUAUACGUGAUUGUUGAACAUCUCCCUCCUGAACCAUGAACAUUAGUAUGGUGCCAUGUCAGCCUCCACUUUUCUGGGGAAAGCUUCCCACAACAUUGAGCCACAACGUGAGGUCAGGCGCUGGUGUUUGGAGACGAGGCAUGGCUGGCAGUCUGCUUUAAAAUUCAUCCCAGAAGGGUUUACGUAAGAGUCCUCUGCACCAAACUCUGAAAACGAUGUCUUCAUGGGUCUUCAGGGUAAUUGCAACUGGAAAGGAUCUUCCUGAAACUGCACAUUAUUGUCUAAAGUAUUAUUGUGUAUUAUAGCAUUUGUAUUUCCCAUAAUUGGAAGUAAGGAGUGUCACAAAAAAGAGGAAAAGUACAAUCUACAGUUGGCCGUAUAGAGUACCUCACCCUUGUUUUAUAUGUUGAGAUGUCAUAACAAUAUUCACCGUUUGAUCAAUUCCAGAUUGUAAUAGUCGAUAUUAAAACAUUUAAAGGAUCUGCAUUAUCUCUAUGAACUCAUCUGUCAUCUGCUAAAGCACAUUUUCUCUUAAUGUUCCUGAUUCCAGUGUAAUUAUCUCCACAAACAAGACCUUUCUAAACAAUGUGUAACUUUCAAAUACAUAUUUCAUUCUAGAUUUGUUCUUUUCUACACAACUAAAACCUAGUGCCUAUUCUCUACUGCUGUUCAGUGCGUCUGUCAUUGCGCUGGCUCGUCAGUCCUAGAGUUGUGCUUCUUCAAUAAUUGUCUUAAGUGGAUUGAUGUAUUCAUAAAUGAACCGCCAUCUUUUCCUCCUCUUUCCUCGAGCCUUCCUUCUCACACAAAGAUCCUAAAUUUAACUUUCAACCCGUGUAAACUUCAAAAUAGUACGAUUUUACUCUGCAUGGUAUUUAUUUCUGUGUUAGUGUUCCCCCCAUGUUGAUAUCACUGCUUUGUGUUGUUGCAUGUUUCUUUGUACAUUAAAUUCUGAAUUGAUCAGAAAUCGUGGAGAGACAAA